GCUCCGUGUCUUCAGAAGGAUUCAGCGGUGGGGAGGAUUCUACAGACUUCUACCUUUUACCCGGAGGAAAGAAACCACGCGAUGACCUCAACGAUCUCACACUUUCUUGUCUAAGUGACAAAAACAGACUAAUUCUGGGGCAAGAGAUGGUGAAGAGACAUCAACUUUUUCAUGAUUAUAAAGAAGGUGACCAGAGAUACUACAACCAAACAUCACCUGCUAUUUCAGAAGAAAAGGGUCAUAUUGACGACGACGAAACAUCCAACUCAUCAAGGAAGAAGUCUCGGACCGUAUUCUCGCGGAGUCAAGUUUACCAACUAGAAUCGACGUUUGACCUGAAACGUUACCUUAGCAGUACAGAACGAGCUAGUCUCGCCUCCAGUCUCCAGUUGACAGAGAUACAGGUGAAAACUUGGUUCCAGAAUCGGAGGAACAAGUGGAAACGUCUGCUUUCUGCGGAGAUAGAAGCGGUGAACAUGGCUCACGCAUCAUCCGCACAAACUCUGGUCGGGAUGCCGUUCUUCUUCAAAGAGAAUUUCCGGCUACGGAUUCCUGUCCCUGGAUCAAUGACUUUCCCUACACCUCUAUGUUAUCCCGGGAGCAACAUGCAAGCUUUACCUUUGUACAAUUUUUAUAAUAAAAUUGAAUAG